CUCUCGCGUUGUCUCCGUUCUGUAGAUCAGAACAGUCUCUCUUUGAACUUACUCUGUUGAUCAGAUAACAAUCCUCUCACCAUGCCUUCCAUCCAGUCUUCCCUGCUGUGCGCUGCCACCCUGGCUACUGCCCUGGUGUCUGCUGCCCCUGCCACCCGUGCCUCGGACUUCGCCAAGCGCUCCACCUGCACCUUCACCUCGGCUGCUCAGGCCUCCGAGAGCAAGACUUCCUGCACGGACAUCGUUCUCAAGGACAUCACUGUUCCUGCUGGUGAGACCCUCAACCUCAAGGACCUGAAGAGCGGUACCACCGUCACCUUCGAGGGAACCACCACCUGGGAGUACGAGGAGUGGGAUGGACCCCUCCUGUACAUCUCCGGCAAGGACAUCACCGUCACCCAGUCUUCCGGCGCGGUCCUCGACGGCAACGGUGCCAAGUGGUGGGACGGCGAGGGCACCAACGGCGGCAAGACCAAGCCCAAGUUCUUCUACGCCCACUCCCUGGACAACUCGGUCAUCAAGGGUCUGCAGAUCAAGAACACCCCCGUCCAGGCCAUCUCCGUCGAGUCCGACUACCUCACCAUCGAGGACGUGACCAUCGACAACAGCGACGGUGACGACAACGGCGGCCACAACACCGACGGUUUCGACAUCAGUGAGAGUACCUACAUCACUAUCACCGGUGCCACCGUCAAGAACCAGGACGACUGUGUCGCCAUCAACUCCGGCGAGAACAUCUACUUCUCCGGCGGUGCCUGCUCCGGCGGCCACGGUCUCUCCAUCGGCUCCGUCGGCGGCCGCGACGACAACACCGUCAAGAACGUCACCUUCAUUGACUCGACCGUCACCGACUCGGAGAACGGUGUCCGCAUCAAGACCGUCUACGACGCCACCGGCGAGGUCGAGGACAUCACCUUCUCCAACAUCAAGAUCUCCGACAUCACCGACUACGGUAUCGUCAUCGAGCAGGACUACGAGAACGGCAGCCCCACUGGUACCCCCACCGACGGCGUCAAGAUCUCCGGCGUCAAGAUGGAGAAGGUCACCGGUAGCGUUGAGAGCGAUGCCACCGAGAUCUACAUCCUCUGCGGUGACGGCAGCUGCACGGACUUCACCUGGAGCGGCGUUGAUGUCACCGGUGGCAAGACCAGCAGCAAGUGCGAGAACUUGCCCUCCGGUGUGUCUUGCUAG